AAUCUUUGGUAAGCCAAACAUUAGUAGAAUGUACAAAUUUUCUGUAAAUAUUACCGACCGUUAGUAAAAUAAAUGUCAGAUGCAAUACACAUCCCUACCAACGAUUGGUAUAUUUUACUGUGCGUUAUCGGUAGCUUUGACAAUUGUCAUCCCUGGCAACCGCGAAAAACUACCUGUCAUCAAUUCAAUUUUCCGUGCUGAUAACAACAAUAAAGGUAAGUUCUUUUGAAUAAUUUUUAAACAUUGCAUAUCAACGUUUGUUUGAUGGCUUAUUAUUUCAUUUCGUUGCUGUAUUGUAGGUUUUCACAUAUGGUCCACCUAAUCGCGCAUAGCGCAGAGAAACCGAUUCACAGUGGUGGUACUUUGCGAAUCACUAGUGGAGGUGGAGGUAUCGUGCUAGGACUAACCGGCGAAGAUGGUGAUAACUUGGCCGAUAAACACCCGCAUGAUUUGGUGGACUAUUCUUUUUCCAAGCUGGUUUAAUGUGAUAAGUGUUAGCAGUACUUACGGGGGCUGAUACAUCAGUCGGACGGUAGAGUUGACCAACCGUAGUCAGCAGGUCUUUGAGCUUGGUCUUCGCCAGCAGUUUAACGUGGCCAAGUUGCCGGCGCCGCAGAUUGUCAUAAUACUUUGCAACGAGAUCGAACAGAAAGCGAUGUGUUACUUGAACCUGGAUCUGUACAAGCUGUAUCGAACGACGCCGCCGAACUACGACGAGGUUAACAAACUGCGUGACUCACUCAACGAAAAUCUAAUCAACACCGAUCUGAGCUGCUACUCACCGGAGUGUGUAGCCACGGUGCUAAAGAAGUUCUUACGGGAGCUGCCCGAUCCGAUCAUUCCGGUUAUGUUUUACGACAAACUCGUCGUAGCCUCAAAAAUUACCGAUGAUGCGGUAGCAGUGGCUUUGCAUUUCCAGGAUCCGCAAAUUUACCACAACAUGACGCUCAAUGACUUUCAACGCUUCUGGCUGGUUCGUCACUUUUACCUUCCAUUUUGGAAGAAUGUCGGGAGUGAGAAUUGAACUCGUGAUCUUGAGCGUGAGAAGUAUGGAUGUUACCUCCACGCCAGAUCGGCUCCAUUUCCUAUAAUACUGAUACAAGUGUGGUGCCAUAUUCUAAUGCGUCCUCCUUGAGAGAAAAUUGUUCAAGUCGUGUAUAACACGGAAAACAACUUGCGAAUAAUGGAACUGUUGCUCUAUAAGCUGGACUGGAACAAAAAAACUACCAGAACUUCUGUCUGCUCCUGCGGUACCACCAUGGAAAAUCUCCCGAUGUACGGCUGUAUUAGAGAAGCAGCAUCAGCAGCAAAUACCCGGUUCAUCCACUGUUUUACCAGCAGCAU